CGCGAGAGUUGUGCUUACGAAUCGCUCUCGCGCUAUUUAGAUAAACUCAAACGCAACUUUCGUAUUUCGUACGUGCCAGUUGCAAUGCGUUCUGUAACCGUAGUUUGACAACAGUUGAACUUGAGCUGCAAGUGUGACAUCAUCCGUUCUGGACGGCGAGAUAAUUGCCAUGGCCAUGUGGUCACUAGGCCUUGGCGCUGUGGGUGCUGCCAUUGCUGGCAUAAUACUUGCAAACACUGACUACCUGCUGACCAAACCAGCACCUGCUGCACUGGAGUACUUGGAGAAUGUUGAACUCAGAUCCAUAGAUGAUGAUGAGAAGACUCUUAAAGCUAAAAGUCUCUGGGAGAAAUCUGGUGCCGUGAUCAUGGCUGUACGACGACCUGGAUGAUUUUUGUGCAGAGAGGAAGCCUCCGAGCUGUCCUCUCUGAAACCUCAGCUGGAUGAGCUCGGGGUCCCUCUGUAUGCUGUUGUUAAGGAGAAAAUGAGUACAGAGAUUAAAGACUUCAAGCCUCACUUUGCAGGGGAGAUUUUCUUAGAUGAAAAGCAAGCUUUUUAUGGGCCACAGCAGAGAAAGAUGGGUGGGCUUGGUUUCAUCCGUUUGGGGGUUUGGCAGAACUUCAUAAGGGCAUGGAAGUCAGGUUACCAGGGCAACAUGAAUGGAGAAGGUUUCAUCCUUGGAGGAGUGUUUGUCAUCGGAUCUGGCAAACAGGGGGUUCUUCUAGAGCACAGAGAAAAGGAGUUUGGAGAUAAAGUCAGCAAUGAGUCUGUUUUGGAAGCUGUUAAGAAAAUUGUAGUAGAAAAGUAGGUUGAAGUUAAUUAGACGCAAAAGUUUACUACAGCUGAAGAAAAGUUCUCCUGUGUACUUGAGUCACAAUUCAUAGACAUAAACCUCAUACUAAUAAUGCUGUGAAUCAAGACAAACACUCAGUUUAUUUAGGUACUUGGCAUGGAUUAGUCGACAUUAGGAAUUAAAUGUCAACGCCACAGUUUAGCUUGUAAAGUACUGCAAGGAUGACAUAUUUUUUUAGGCCAACCUGGAAGAUCACGGGAUGCAGGUUCCCAGCUAAAAAUAUCAUUUAUUUUUCCUAUAGACUUUUGGAUUAUCACAAAAGUUUAUGACACUGUCCAGCAAAAUAAUCUUCCCAGAUGAACACAAUUUUUAUGAAGUCUAAAUGCGCUUACUAGAAAAAAAUCUUUAAUAAAAGUUGUGUUCAUCUGUGAAGAUGAUCUUGCUGGACAAAAACAUUGUUUAUUUUUGUUAAACACCAAGCUUAUUUUUGCAAUAAUCCAAAAGUCUACAAAUAAAAUGAAUGGGCUUUCCAGUGAGUGAACCAGUGUCCCGUUCAUUUCUGCGGUUGGCCUACAAAAAUAUAUAAUCCCUGCGGCACUCUAUUUAUGUGGCCUCAUUAAACUAUGAACUAAGAAUAAUAAUAAUAAUAUUGUGUAACUGGGCAAAGAACAAGAAUAAUAAUAUUUGUUGUUGCACUUUAAAAGUAGCUUGUCAGGGAUUAUUGCAUGGUUGUUUUUCACCGCAUUGGAUUUCUUUGAUUGCCUGCUGCUGUACUGGUGGGUUAAUGGUGGUAUGUGUAUUAAUGAUAGUCUGACUCUAAACUCUAUGUUGAGAGAGCAGAUUUGAGGCCAACACAUAUUUACAUACCAGCUGGUAUUUGGUCAGUGAGCAGCUAAAGGUUUCAAGGCAGUUGAGAUUACAAUGAGCAAUAAACGUGCUACUACAUCAAACAAA